AAGGGGUACACAGUGAUUUCUUAGCAGAGGGUCCGGCUGGUUGGGAACACGGAGCAGCACCAGCACGCACGCUAACUCUGAACGUGACGUCAUGCGACGUCGAAAAAUGGCCGAUGAGGCUGUGGCAAUAGACAGGGGGUCCUGGUGGAUUAGUAGCUGGCUACCUUCCUGGUGUCCAACUUCCACUAGCCAACUGAAAGAUGCUGAGGAGAAGAUACUACUCCCUGUAAAAAGUAAAUUCUCCAGGCAGUUUGUGCCUAUCUCAGAUCAGAAUGUGCUGUCAACGCUGUCCUUUUGUGAGAAAGUAGAUAACGAGUCCACCCCCUUGGUUCUGCUGCAUGGCUUUGGGGGAGGUGUUGGGCUGUGGGUGCUCAACCUGGACGCCUUGUCCCAGCAGAGGCCAGUUUAUGCCUUUGACCUGCUGGGCUUUGGCCAGAGCAGCCGGCCACACUUCAGUAGCGAUGCACAGGAGGCCGAGCUGCAGUUUGUGGAGUCCAUUGAGCAGUGGAGGACCGCUAUGGGGCUGGACAGCAUGAUCCUGCUCGGCCACAACCUGGGCGGAUACCUGGCAGCAGCAUAUGCCCUCAAAUACCCAGCCAGAGUCAAGCAUCUGAUCUUCGUGGAGCCGUGGGGUUUCCCUCAGAGGCCUGACCCCGGAGACGAGGACAGACCCAUCCCCAUCUGGAUCAAGGCCCUGGGAGCCAUGCUCAGCCCCUUUAACCCUCUGGCAGGGCUCAGGGUUGCUGGACCACUAGGUCCAGCACUUGUACAGACACUGAGGCCAGACUUUCAGAAGAAAUAUGUAUCUGUGUUUAACGAUAACACUGUGACCGAAUACAUAUACCAUCUCAACGUCCAAACCCCAAGUGGUGAAACAGCCUUCAAAAACAUGACCAUCCCCUAUGGUUGGGCCAAACGGCCAAUGCUACAGCGAAUUGGCUUGAUCCGUGCAGACAUACCCAUGACCAUCAUCUAUGGCUCUCGCUCCAGUAUAGAUGGCUACUCUGGCAACUCCAUCAAGGAGCUGCGCCCAGAAUCCCAUGUGGAGAUUAUUGCCAUCCGUGGGGCUGGCCACUACGUGUUUGCAGAUCAGCCCGAUGACUUCAACCAGAAUGUGCUGCACGUGUGUGAGGCGCUGGGCUGAACCAGAACAGGUCAGGUGUACAUCUCCCAGACCAGCCCCAGCUAGAGGUGCUCAGUCUUUGGCUCUGGAAAACGACUGUGUGCCCUUAACAGGGAAACAAGCCUUCCUCCAAGUGCCUUCAGAGAAUCAUGUUGCCUUUGAAUUCUUAGUUCCCCUGUGAGGCCUUUGCAUAAGAGGUCUGUUUUAGGGAGCAGAAUGAACAUGAACAGUGUUUUGAUUUUUGCGACUGGGAUUUCAGUUUUGUGUUUAAAAGGCUUUUUUUUCGCUGAGUUGGAAAGCAUGCCUACAGAAAUUGAUUUUUUUGUGAAUAUGCGUUAUGUAAAUUAAGCAUUCUAUUUGCACUAAACAGUUGACAUGUGAGCAGUGCCUGUCUGACACAUUAGACAUAAUGCCUUACACAUUCGGAGUUGAGUGAGAUAUAAGACUCCCUAAGACGGAUAGUAAAUAUGUACUAUUUAGUUCUAUAUGGACCACUAUAGUAUUGCCACAGAAAUCAUUUGACAUUUACUGUAGAUACAGUAAGUGGGAAUGUAGAAUUUGCACAUUUCAAGUGUCCUUGUCAAAUUAUGAAAUUAUGAUUAUGCUUCUGUAUACCAUUCAGGUUGCCAUUGUGAUGAUGCAUGGUCUAGAUUCGAUAUCAGAAUAUAUGUGACCGUGAAACAAGUCACCUGUAUGUUAGAAUUACUCAAUGGAAGAGGUUGAAUUACACAGAAGAGCGGUCUCUUACUAAUAGCUAUGAAGUCCUGGUAUUUUAAUCUGUCAGUUGAUUGCUGUGAAACAACUGCUAGGUCUGUCCACUGCCCUUUGGACUAGCCCUUGGGCCGCUUCCUUGUUUCACUAUGAGUCUAAGAAGGAAGAUACAGUACAUAUUAAUGUAAUAAUUAUCCAUCUAUAUAGGCCCAAAUGAAUUCUUCAACUGGUUCAUUUUGCAUCUCAUCUGCUUGACGAUUACAGUUCAUGUUGAGACUUUAGAUUAUGGGAUGGAUCCCAGAGGAUUUUCCCAACCUGUUUCAAUGAGAACCAUAUCAUAUUCUUUCCAAGACUAAACUACUAGAUAUGAGACCUCCCAAAGAACACUGUCACCAAAAUCAGCCAAAAGCUACAUAACAAUAAUGUCCAUCAUAACAAUAUAAUGUUCAUCAUGGAAAACUCCUCUGUCUACCUCAUGCAGGAUUCAGUAGUGUCCACUGUGAAAUGUGCCCAUUUAUUUAAAUGACACUACUUAUUAACAUAAUACACACACAUUUACGUAAAUAACACAAGUGUGGCUAAUUUUUGCACUUAAAUCCCAGAGGGCAGGGCUCAAAUCUGUUGUAAAAGUCAGCUGUGCUCAGAGUGUCAGUCUCAACAUGGUACAGGACUGUGUGUUUCAUGACUAAUGAUGCCUGCUGUAGUGCAGAACUAGGCUUGAACUGUACUUUGUGUCUAACCAGGAUUCCUUUCUUGAGAGAGUUUUCUGUGUCAAAUGUUAUAACUGUGAAAGUGUUAAAAAAAAUAAACGUUUCUUGCAUUUCAAUAAUCA